UCUUCCGGUAGACAUAUAGGAGCCCCCGCGGGGAUGGAGGAGAAGGCGAGGCGAGCGACGCUCGCCUCGCCGCCACCCCGGACUCCGCCAUCCGGGACCUCCCCUUCAUCCACCGCGCCCUCACCGUGCCCCUCCUCUCCGCCGCGUCCGCCGUCCUCCGCCUGACCCUGCUCCUCUCGCGGCUCCGCCCGCGCCGCGCCCUGCCCGUCCCCGUCGUCAGCGUCGGCAACCUCACCUGGGGCGGGAAUGGCAAGACGCCCAUGGUCGAUUUCUUGGCCCGCAGCUUCCACCGCCUCGGCAUCUCGCCGCUCCUCCUAACGAGGGGCUAUGCAGGCGGUGAUGAGCCAAAGAUGCUCCGGAGGCGCCUUUCUGAUACUUCAGCCAAGAUUGGGGUCGGUGCAAACAGAGCAGCAGUGGCUUUUUCCAUGCUGCGAAAAUAUGGCUACAUCCAUCAUUCUAAAACUCUCUGUGCUGAGAACAAGCCUUCAUCGACUAACAAACUGGAUUCCGGAAAAAUUGGAGUAGCCAUAUUAGAUGACGGCAGCAUUGGAGCUUGCUCAGAGAUGUCGUGAUUGUGAUGGUUAAUGGGUUGGCUCCGUGGGGAAACACUCAUUUCAUUCCACGAGGACCCAUGAGAGAACCUUUGAGUGCACUUGGUCGAGCUGAUAUUGUGGUCAUUCAUAAUGCUGAUCUGGUAUCUGUUGUCAUCUCAAUCUCUGAGAUUAUAGUUACCUUGUUUUGUUUUAGUCUACUUUUAUAACGUUACUCAAAUGGCAAAUGCAUAAAACUAUACUGCUGAAGUGUGGUUGUCUGGUUGACCUUGACCAGAAAUUUGAGGGACUCUCUCUUUGCAAA